GCGCGCUGCGCGGCCGGCUCCCACCUCAGCGCAAGAUGGCGGCGGGCGCCUCGGACCCCCUGGAAGAGAUGCUGCUCUUCUCCGAGGAGGUGGACGAGAAGGCGGUCAGCGACCUGGUGGGCUCCCUGGAAUCGCAGCUGGCCGGCGGCCGGGGCUCGGUCGAGGCGCCCCAGCCCAGGACCUCCGCCCCGUCCCAGCAGCAGCAGCCGCAGCAGCAGCAGCAGCAGCAGCAGCGCCAGGGCAGCCUGGCGGGGGGCAGCAGCCCCGUCCGGCAGCAGCAGGGGCACCCCGCGCCCCCCCCCGCUACCGGGGCGGAGGAGGCUGCGGCGGGCCGUCCCGGAGCCGCGGAGAGCCGAGCCCCCGCCCCGGGGCCGCUCCCGUCCCCGUCCCCCCCGGCGGCAGCGGCGGCGGUAGCGGCGGCGGCGGCGGCAGGGCGGGGAGUGAGUGUAAACAGUAGUAGUGUGCAGCAAUCACAUGGAGCGGCUCUGCUCGGCGGCAGCCCCGCCGCCCCGGCCCCGCCGCAGCCCGCCGCACCCCCGCCCGCCCCGCCUGUCAACAACCAUGUGGCCGCCGGCACCGGCUCCCGGGACGCGGGCAGCCCCAGCCCCGGCCGCAGCCCGCCCGCCGCAGAGCCGCCGCCGCGCAACGAGGCCGCGGAGGGGAGCGGGGCGGAGGGCGGCGGGCGGGCGGCGGCGACGGAGGGUGCCGACGCCGCCGAGCCCGCGCCGCUCCCCGGCGAGGCGGCGCCCAACGGGGAGGGCGCCAGGGGUCGAGCGGCGGCGGUGCCGCCGGUCAGCGGCCGGCAGAGCCCGGCCGGCAGGGAAGGCGGCGCGGCGCAGCCCAAGCCCGCGCACGGCCCGCAGCCCGCAGUAAACGCACUCGGCAACUCCGCCAGCCCCGCGCCCGCCGCCACCCCGCCGGGACCGGGCUCGGCCGCCAAACCCGCGGGCGUCGCCAAGCCGGGCGCUGCCCUCCCCGCCGCUUCUCAGGCGCUGUCGCCGCGGCCCGCGCUGGGUGCCGCCCCGAGGCUGGUGGCCCCGCAGCUGAUCGUCAGGCCGCCGCAGCAGACCACCAUCCAGCUGCCGCCGGGCUUCACCAUCCCGCCCGGUAUGGUCUUGGUGCGCACGGAUGCUGGCCAACUUGUGAUGGUGCCUCAGCAGGCUCUAGCCCAGGCGCAAAUGCAGGCUCAAGUACAGACACAGGGACAAGGUCCUGCCAGCAUUUCACCUCGACUUUCAGUGCCCACAAGCGGCCCAGUUUUUCGCCUAACAACAGCUCAGCAACCAACUUCUGUAGCCACAUCUACUGUCCGCCUUGGACUUCCAGUGCAAGCCAAAGUUGUUCAGUCAACUGCAACACCUGUUAGUGCUACAGCUGCUGCGACUCUGCCAGGAGGCUCUAUUCUGUCACAUACCACAGUGUCAGUAGCUACAACAAAUGCUCAAAAUAUAUUCAAGACUACAGUAUCAACGGGAACACCAACAUCUCAACAGCCUGCAGUAAUUACUGGUGCACAAACUCAAGCUGCAGCACAAAACCAGAGUCAGCCUCGGCUCCCACUUCCACCUCAUACAACAGCACAAGUGCCAGCACAGCCCCAAGUCAUACCAAGCUCUCCUGUACCUGGAACUACAGUUGUAUCACAGGAAAUGCAAGAAAAUGUGAAAAAAUGCAAAAACUUUUUAGCUACUCUUAUAAAGCUUGCUUCUCAUAAUUCACCUUCUCCAGAAACGUCCCGCAAUGUGAAAGCUCUGGUUCAGGAUUUGUUGGAUGCAAAGAUUGAUCCAGAAGAAUUUACAGGCCGCCUUCAAUCAGAACUUAAAUCAUCUCCUCAGCCAUAUCUUGUACCUUUCCUUAAGAAAAGUCUACCUGCAUUGAGACAAUCAUUACUGAAUAGUCAACAUUCAGUUUUGCAAGGACAACCGUCUCAGCAGUCGCUUCAACAAACCAAGCUAUCACAAGUUAUACCUCAAUCUGCCUCUGGAAAUAUUUCCUCCAUUGUCACAACGCAGACAAUAGGAAUAAGGCAACCAAACAACAUUUGCACAGUCUCUGUAUCAAAUACAGUGCAGCCUCCUCAGGUUAAGGUGGUACAGUCAAAUCAGAGUUCUCAACUGCAGAUUAUCCAGUCAACAUCUGCUCAAACUGUGAAACGAAACCCUGCUUGCCAGACUACCCAGAUUAGGAUGCCAGUGGUAAUAACUCAGACCAUUAGACCACAAGGCACAGUAGGGAAGGCACCAACAAUACAAGCCAGCAAAAGUCCUGGGGGCUUUGGUGUUCAGGUCUCUGCAAAUCAGAAAAACAAGCUGAAUGACCCUGGAGGUGGUUCUUUCAGAGAUGAUGAUGACAUCAAUGAUGUUACCUCUAUGGCUGGUGUUAAUCUAAAUGAAGAAAGUGCCCGAAUUAUGGCUACCAACUCUGACUUGGUUGGAACCCAGAUACAGUCUUGUAAAGAUGAACCCUUUCUUGCUGCUAUACCUCUACAUAAACGCAUACUUGAAAUGGCUAAAAAAUUAGGAAUUACUGAUGUGCCAGCUGAGGUGGUUACUUUUAUUUCCCAUGCAACACAAAGCAGAUUAAGAACAAUGAUAGAAAAAGUAACAGUGAUAACCCAGCACCGCAUGGAAUCAUACAAAGAUGAUGAGUGGUAUGAACAAGCUACAGAUGUCCGAUCACAAUUAAAGUUUUUUGAACAGUUGGAACGUUUAGAAAAGCAAAGGAAAGAUGAGCAAGAGAGGGAAAUCUUGCUAAAGGCUGCCAAGAGUCGCUCAAGGCAAGAGGACCCAGAGCAAGCUAGACUGAAACAAAAAGCAAAGGAGAUGCAGCAACAAGAACUUGCACAAAUGAGGCAGAGAGAUGCCAAUCUAACUGCAUUGGCAGCUAUCGGUCCCCGGAAGAAACGGAAACUUGAUUCACCUGGACUGCUUACCAUAGGAGGAGAGAUCUAAUGAGAAGGAGACCGUGUGCCCAUAUACCUAGGAUAUUUCAGGUUUCUACAGUCAUGAAGCUCCUCUGUGCCUGUGAGGAAGUGAAUUGCUGAUGGGAUGACAAGAGGCUUGAAUUUACAGUCCAGUGCACGCUUGACCGUAACUGAGUUGAUUACAAACAUUCCUGUAAUAAUUUAACAAUAAUUUAAAUAACACAGGGUGGAGAAGCUAGUAUCAAAAAAAGCAGCAUUGUGAAGUCAUAGCCUUGAUAUCUCCUAAGCUUCCUGCAUACACUUACUCCUGUCUUUUUCUUUUCUUCUAUAUUCUCUAUUUGCUUCAGAGAAACAAACCUUGUAAGCAUUUCCUUAUAUUUGGCAUGGAAUAAUAAAGCAGACAAGUGUCACAUGAAUGAUUGUGACACUUGUACAAAUGUCUGUGAGCUCAAACAGGACAGGCAAAUUAUGUUUUGACCCAUUAACUAUAGCUGUCUUAGAAAAAAAUGCCAAUUUUUCUAAACGCUUUAAUUCAAACCAACACUUAGGACUUAAAAAUUUGUCAGAAUCAUACCUUUAGUCUUCAUAUUAAAAGCGUGCUGAGAUGCAUUCUUCCAUCCUCUGUUUACUGAAAAAAAUACAGCUUUGAGGGAACGAGGAGGAGGAAAAUCAAAUUGAGUGUUUUGAUUCCUUUUAAUACAGAUAUAGACCAUCAUUUUUCCAUUCAUUAUCUUCCAUUUCCUACUGCUUAUCCAUUAAACUGGAAAGAGAAUGGUGAAGGCUUUGGGUAUAUUAUCCUUUGGCACUGUCAGUUUUUGAAAUUUCCUUUUAACUUCUUAUAGUGUUUUUUUAAGAUUCUAGGGUUGUGGUGAGAGGUUUUCCACAACACAGUACACAUAACUGCCUCUGUGUUAAAUGAGUGAGUGGAGUAACCUGGUUGUGGAACUCGGAUGUGAUACUACAAAUAAUUUCUUUUCUUAUUUAAUAUUGAUAAUUGAUUUGAAAGAGGCAUUUUGUUAAAGAAACUGAACUGUAUAAAUCCCCCUAUCUCAAACAUUCAAAGUUAUCAUUGCUUCCUUUUUUAGUAUAGAUGUUUUUGUAGUUGCAUUGCUGUGUUGAAGCCUGAUGCCCUUUGAACUUUUCUUAGCGGUUCCCAGUAGUCUUAAUCUAGAAAGAUCAUUCAGCACUUGUGUGAUGCAGUAACUCAAAAUGCCCUUCCUUUGCCUUUGUUUCCUGUCUUCUUCCUUACCUGUUCUAUAUCUUUGCUUUCUUAUCUUUCCUCAAAUACGGAAAAAAAACUUCAAGGAUAAUGUAUUUUUUUAAUGCAAGACUGCAUUUCCAUGAAUUCAGACUUCAUUUUUGAAACAUUUUCCUGAAAAUUGUAUUAAUGUUAAUGAAUUCUCUGUUGCUUGGUUUUGAGUAUGUAGUUGAUAAUAUGAUAAUACAGUCUCAAGAAUUUAGGCCAGAGAAUAAAAGUUUCAAGUAUUCAUGCACUCUUAGUUUCAGUAUUCUAAUGGGUCCUCAAGUGUAGCCUUUUAUUAAUGAGGAUAAUUUGGAACAAGACUGCUGUCCUAGUAAGUAGUAAACAGUCUUGAAUGUACAUUUGUGUGUUCCGAUUUAAUAUAAAAGAGGAAAUUAGGUUGGAUCUGCCUAGGUGUGAGACAAAAAAGCUCACCUAAGUUAGAAGGCAUAAUAGAACUAAAAAAGUGAGGCACAGUUUAGAAUAAAAUGAGAGUGAAGACUUGGCAGAUUAGGUUUGCCUUAAGUCUAUGAUAGUUAAAAUAACCCCAUUUAAAAUUUUGAAACUGUAAUUUACAUACUCCUUUAUUAUUAUUCAGAUUAAUACUAAAAGGGCAGAAGUCAUCCAAGGAACUUACACAUUAAUUUUCUUCUCCUUCCCUACUCUGAGGAUUUAUUUCAAAAUAUUUUUCUAGUACCUUGAAUUUUGUUGUUAUUUUUUUGUUUUAGCAAGAAGUAACUUUUCAUUCUGGCUGUCUAUUAAUGCUGCUGAGAAAUAAAGAUGCUUUUACAGAAUGCUUUCAAGCACAAAAGGAGAUGGUUUUCAAGAGAUUAUUUUACAUAUUUACAUAUUUUACCUUAAGCAUUUUGUAGUCACUGCCUACUGGUGAAUGUAUCAGAUUUUUACACACACUUUCAAAAUGAACCAGUUUUGCUUCUAAGCCAUUGCAAAGGGAGGAAAUGAAUUCUAACUUUUUUCACUUCAUUUUCACAUCCUCACAUUUCCUUAUUUCACAUGGUUUAAAACAAAAUGCCUCCAGCAUUAUUUUUCCUUUCUCAAGAGCAAAGUGAAUGUGACUUUUCUAAGGGGGUCACAGGAUGCCUCUGAGGCCUGUGGGUGUUACUGGACUGCUGCCUGCUUUCAGCUUAACUGAAGGGCUUGUCAUAGUUUUCAUCUCCUAAGAAAUUAGCCCUAGGUGCUGGCCAGAAGCAGGAGAAGGCAGCAUUAUGAGUCCCACGCUGGUUAUUUCCCACUGACAUCAAAUCCUGAGGUUUUCAAAUUAAUCCCACACAAAGACAACCCUUCAUUUUGGUGCCAGUUUGAAAUUAGACUGCAGUAAUGACCUUUUAAAGAUGUCUAGUUGUUAAGAUAACCCCCUGUUGAAACUUGAAGGUAGCCAGUGCACCCUGUGUUGAUAAGACGUUACUGACGCUUUAGCAGAUUUUGUAAAGGUGACUGGAAGUCAUGGCCAGUGACUUGACCUAUGCUGCUGAAAGGAAUGAAACCGAUAGCCAGCCAAGCCUGCCUCUCCUUGCAUCUCACUGCAUUCUGGUUCCAGAAACAAACAAAGGGUCUUUAUAAACUUCCAGCAGGCAGAUUAGUUACAAAGUAGUAAUAGACUUUCACAAAAGGGGACUGACUUUACCAUCAGAAAAAGUUAAUACUCAGCUUGGAGUGUGAAUUAAAAGCAUACCUUCUAGUGCUUUUACACUGGCUGGUAACUGGAAAAGCUUGGAAAAUGGAGCAUUAACAAUAACUGGUAAUAUAAACAAGUGAAAGAGUAAUUUACUGCAUUUUAUCCUAAAGUAUUCCAUGUGAAGUGAAAACUGGCCCAAUAGAAAAUGGGAAUCGCAGCAUACAUCUAUGCAGUUUGCAGGAGAUUUUUGUCUGUUGUAAUGAACAGAAAUCUGGUUUUGUCCAAAAUUAAAAUAACCCACCCAAUUGUUCCUGUUUUUUCACCCUAGGGUUUAGCAUCAUAAACCCACAUGAACUUACCCUGUGCAAAGUUGUCUUUCAUUACCAGUAAUAAAUAGGUAUGAAGCUGGAGAUGAUAACUCUUUGUAAUCAAAAUAGGUGUAUGUAAAGAAAAAUGAGGCACUGAAUAUCUGUGAAAAAUUAUUUUGAUAACUAUUAAGUCUUAGCAAUUGUUUUUACACAUCUCACUUAAGAAAAAUAUCUCUGUAAAAAUCUGUGUCAUUGUUACUUGUAAAAUUUACUAUGCUCAAUUUUUCUGUGUCUUUAAAUUUUGUACUGCUUCAAGACAGUUACAAUCAUACAGAAUAUAACUGAUCGCUGAGGCAACUUUGAUUAUAAAUGUAACUAUCCAUAAUAUAUGAAAAUUUCAGCUGUUUAACCAGCAUCAACGACAGGUUUUCCUUUAAAGGCUACAGUAAGUCCUGUAGACUAAGCACUUCUCAGCUGUUUGAAUACUCUACCUUUGACUGUUUUCAGUUAUUUUAUUUCUAUUCGCCAAAAAUAGAAAAUAUGCAUUAAACAUUUUAUUAUUUGAUGGUGUACUACACCAUCUGCUGCCAUAAUACACUCAACUGUUACUUGUUUUGAGAAAUGUGCUAUGAAAUCGUAGUUUGCAUCUAUAGAUUUUUGAAAACAUACAAUAUACAGACAUUUAAGCAUUCCCUUUUUUUAACCCUUAGCACUGUUAGAGGUUUCAGAAGCUUCUUUUCAGCAUUUCAGAAAUUAAAGGAUUAUCAAAAGGCAGACAUCAGAAAAAUACUGUUGAUACCUGUAUUUCUCUUUUGGAUAUCAAAAUAGUGGGGAUUAUUAGCUUUAUCAGUUUAAGGGGGUUGUAGAAAAUCGAAUCUUUCGUUUUGUGAUCAUUUCUCUUCUUUAAUAUAUUUCACCUAGUUUAGAAGUAUGGAUCAGAAACUCACAAGGAAAACUGAUGCCCUUUCCUGCAGCUAAAUUAACAGGAAUCACGUGGAAAACAAUCUGAGCCUUGUAUGAAAAGGGGAGCCAUUAAAAUUAGCCCUAAGCUAUGGACUGCACCCAAUAUCACUAGAACUGCACUCACUGCAGAUGUGGAGGCUGGCUCUCAGGCAAACUGAGCUGUGUUGUAUAGCUACAAUUAAAAUCAACUCCUCUGCCAAAAAAUAAAAGGGAGGAGGGUAGAAGGAGAACAUCAAAGACAGAUUGAAAUGUGUAGUUAGUAAUAAGAGUGGUCUCCUCUUGAACCAAGCCCUGCAGCGAUUCAUGGCCCCCUUGUUAAUGAGAAAUUUUGACCUCUGGUUUGUAAGUUAAACUUGUAAUCCCAGCUAAUGAAGUAAAUCAAUCCCAACUUCAGUCUGUUGUUCCCAUUUUUCUUUGCACAGUGUGUCUGGGAGUUGGUAUCCAGGUCUACAAAUACGAUUUGGGGGAAAAAAAUUAUUCAACAGCUUUGUAACUUCUGUUUUGCGAUUCACUUAAAUAUCUCUAAAGCAGACAGAUUAUUUUAACCUUGUCUGUGUGCUUGUAAAAUGUCCUAUUAGUGUGGGUGUUUUAGACACGUGAAAAUAAUAGGCCUUAGUUACCAUUUUAAAAGGGAAGACGGGUUUACAACCGCCCCCUAAUACUCAGUUCAUGAACACAUUUACACUUUGGAUGAGUAGAUCUGUUUGAAAUUAUUUAGGAACCAUAUUUUAAUUCUUGUUUUAUAUUUCUGGGGAUACUGAGGAUAGUUCUGUGUUAGAAAAAGGUUUCCCACUGCUUUGAGAGAAAACAGAUUCGCUAGCAGUAGAAAUGAAUGCAAAGCUAAGAUGCUAAUUUUCAUAAUGGUGGAUCAUCCUUUGAAAUACAUACUGCCAUGUCUUGUAAGCCAUAGAGUGACAAAAAACCUAGCCAUUUAUCCAGCCCAAAAGCCCUGGUAAAGCCUCUGAGUUGAUGUCAUGUCAUACCACAUUACUAAAGAAUCUGUAAGAGAUCAGCAGAUGGUAAAAAGAGAGGUGAAGCCUUCAUGAAAAAAAUAAGGAGAUGCCGGAUUUCUAAUGUGAUCCCUGAAAAUAAAACAUCAUCAGCCAGAGGAAGAAAAAUGCUUGUAGCUGCUUCCCUUUCCUUUUGUAUCAGUAAUUGGUAUCUUUGUAGCCCCUCCUAAAUGAUAGGACCCUUUUUGGUUUUAAUCAUUUUCUCUAUAAAAGAGAGUUGUUAUGUUAGUUUAUAGCUCAUUUGUGCUACAAAUGCUGCUUUACAGGAGCUGAAGCUUCACGACAAAAUGUUUUUUUCUAACUCAAGGGGUACGUGAGCUCCCCUUUAACUGCAGGGGCUGUGCUGCAUCUCGGCCCUUGCUUGCAGCAGUCAGCACAUAGUGGCACAAAGCUGUGCCUCUGAAGGUUUUGGCUCUGAUGUUGGUUUUUCAUAACCACAUUCCUGCAGUUUCACUGACAAAGCCACACUGCAUGUUAUGAUCUUUUCUAGAUGUCAUGCAUUUGUAUUUCAGUUGUGAAGAGCAAACAAGCAACCAAGUGUUGCUGUGUUUUAUGCAAUUGUAUUAGAGAAAAGAGAAAUGGGUUUGCAUUGGUGAAGUAGGAGGCUUUCCGGAUUGAUGCAACUCAGUUGUUUUUCUGUGGUGACCACAGAGGUGUGUGGGUUUUUGUUUGUUUGUUUGUGGGCUUUUGUUUUGCUUACCUCAGUGAUUAAUCCAGUUCUCUUAUUUCUGGAGUUGGAAGUCAUAUUAAUUCUAUGCCCUAAAAGAAAAUGGUGGCUUCUAAAGGUGGCUUCUGAUGGGAUAUGAAUAUUUGCUGCCUAGAUGGUUGUCCAGGGCUGUGGGUGCUACCAGUAGGGAUGUGUUUCCACUGGGUCACAGUGAGUGACUUGGCACCAGCCUAACACCUGGCCCACUUAGCUGAGGGAUGCUGUGGUGCACUGGGAAAGCUGAGAUUCAACCAUGCUUGGAGAAAAGGCUUCCUUAUGUCUUAGUGAAGCCCAUCUUUGAGCCAGGCCUUGCAGCGAUGGCUCUCAGAUAAUCUUUUAGCCUUUUUCAGAAAGUAAAGGCAACUGAAAUUGUGGGACUGGAAAGAGAAGCUGCUGAAUAGGAGUGUUUGCAGAGGGCCAGCAAGUUGUGGGGCUGAGAUGCAAGAGGCUGUCUCCCAAGGUUAGGGUGCAAGAACUUUUCUGUAGUGGAACUGAAUAUUAAUGCAAUCCACAUAUAGAGAUUAUAUCCCCUAAUAAGUUUUGCCUUGCAAUGUAUGUUUUUCCUACGUAUCAAAUGUAAUGAAAAAUUCUAUUACUCAGAAUUCCUCUGAAUCUAGAAGGACUCUAUUUGCUUUAUAAGUAACACAUUAAGGAUUACAUAUAAUUUUCAAAAUACACAUGAAGGGCUACAUUAAUGUAUGCUAUUUUUCUAGGUGAUAAUACUGUAUAAUCAUCAACUCUACCUAUCUGUAUUAUUCUUUGAAGAUGCUCGUGACCCACAAUGAUCUGAAGCAGGACUUUUUAUACAGCUACAAAUCAUUAGUGUAUUAUAGGCAAGAGUUUAUAUUAACCUAUUUUUUUUCCUCACUAAAUUUAAAAGAAGCUUUUUUAAUUCUGACAACAAGUGGAAAAACACAGCAGUGAAGCUGUUCUCAAGUGAUACACCUUAGUAUAUGGAGGAUCCUGUUGCGAAGAACUUCGAAAAUAAUCAUGGUUUAUUAGCUGCACAGUCUUUUCCCCUUUGUUUCUAUUCAUUUAAUUUAAAGUGAAACAACUCAGCAUGCAAAACUAAAAUUAGCUGCAAAAAAAGGUGUAAGUGAAUAAACAGGCAAAUCCAUUAGAGUCGAUGGGUUAUUGGAUCCCUUGCCAUUCCUCAGAUGGCGGCCUAUUAAAAGUGGUAAUGUCUGCCUCCAGCGUGGCCUUAAGGCAAGAAAGAAGGCCAAGACAGGCAUAUUUCACAUGCAUCAGACACAAGAAUUAAAUAGACCAAUGUUCCCUAAAAGACUGAAGUACAUCUCUUUCUGACGUUCAUCUCGGGCAAAAAUUCAUUGAUCUCAGUAUGUCCCUUGGCAAUUAUAAAAUAUUAAAUCCAAGUCACACUUUUCUAGUUGGCUUAAUUUUUUCUCUAUUCACAGCUUUCUAUUUGAUCAAUUUUAACAAGUUAGGAAUAGCAUCUAAUAAUAAAAUAAAAACUGCAGAGUUUAAAAGUUUGCUCAUUUGACAUUCUUAUAUUUUUGCAUUUAUUCUUUAGACCUGCCUAUCAUUUUAUUGUAUUUUAAGUAAAUUUGCACACUACAUAGAUGAAAAGAAUAUAUAUUUAUACACAUACAACAAAAUAAAAGAACACCCUUACCUGUAUCCUUUGAAUUAGCGGUUUCUUUAUAAAGGCAGAUAUUCAUAUAUGGUCAUAGUAUUGCAGUGAAAUCUGUAUUUUAAAGCUAAAUCUGUGUUGUUAAUCACCCCAGUUGUAACUAGUGUCAGACAGCAAUUAUUUCUGCUUCUUGUUUCUCUUAUUAUGUCAGACUGGAAUACAUAAUGUUGCAUUCCUAAUUCUGAACUACUACUUAAGCAAGGGGUUUUUUUGUUUGUUUGUUUUUUUUUGGCUACUUGAACCAAAAUUUGGUUUUGUUUCUUUUGUGUAUAUACCAGUCAGGCAGCAAAAUGGGAAAACACCCUGUCAGAACUUGGAUCUAUUUUAACAUAGAAUUGGAGAUUGUAUUGUACAGUGCAGCAGAAGGGAUAUAAUUGCUGGUGGUCUUUGCUGACGAGAGACUGUAAUUUGAGGAAAAACACUUCUAUCAUGGCAGUCUACCUGUUGUGUUAGCUUGUUCUGCUCCUGUUUGGCACACUUACAACCUUCCAUUCCUUAAAUAAGCUCAUUCAGUGGCAAACAGCUAUAAGCAGUCUUGGCUGAAAAGAUGUCAAGAAGAAUGCUCAGAAUCUUGGUUGGCUUUCAAAAAGUGACAAUUUUGAUUAUUUACUAUCAGUGAAAUUACCCCAUGGAAAGGGGGGAAGGCAAACCUGGAGGUCUUAAAUUUUCAGAAAAGUUAAGCCUAGGAUUUUGCUUUGCAUUUUGGAAACAAGAUCCUGUUGUCAUGUUGCUACAUGUUUAUAAACUGCUUACAUUUAUUUUAGUAAGAGAAGUUAUUCUAAGUAUUAAUUAGAAAAAAAGUAUGGCUCUGUUAACACCAAUGGAGCAAUCACCUUGCCCUGCGUGUGCUUGGUUAAACGUACAGUUUUUAAUAUGGGCCAGUAAGAUGUAUAUUUUUGUGCUUUCUCAAUGGAAUUUUAAACCUGGAAAACAUUUACAUUAACAUUCAACAAAAUGUGUGUAAGACUAAGCUUUCUAUCUAUGUUCACAGUCCUCAGCACAGGUUUGAAUUCACUUACUGUGAACUGGGGCUUCCUGGGUGGCUUCAGGAGCUGGAUUGGCUCUCCCGUGGUUGCAGUGGUUGCACUCAGACCCCCUUUUGUAAAAAGAGGAUAUUAGUACAGCUUAUCUUCCAUCCUUUUCUUUUUUCUCGUUUUUUCCUUUUGUUAAAUUGCUAAUUAUGCCUGUUCCUUGCUGUGUUUUUGUGCAGUAGAUAUUGCAAAAGAGCCCAUUUUCAGAUGAGACUUAAAGGUGGAUGUAGUUACUAAUUGACUGGUACCCAUCUAUCCUGCCGGUGACCAACAAAGAGGUGUGGAUACAAAGCAAUAUUCAAGUAGAUGGGAAAACUGGACUGGUGACUCAGAAUCUCAUUAGCUGUAGAGGUUUUUUUUUCCCCUUUUUCAUAGAAAUUGUGAUCUAGGCAUUUAAAAGUUAUUUCAAGAGCAGUGUUACUCAGAAGCAUAUUGAGUCCUGAAAAAAUGUAGGUAUAGUUUUCCCUUUUAAAAACAUGUUUUUUUAAUACUUCUGGAAGAGCCAGAAUUUUCAAAAGGUCUACAAUAUAACCAAGAUUAAAAGGUAUCUAUCUCUCUGUCUCUCUACAUAUGUGUGUAUAUAUAUAAUGUUUUCUAACUGCGUAUCUGGUUUGCUCUCGGUCAUUUGAUACAGCAUGGUAGACUGUCUCAAACACAGCUAGGACUAAUCUUGAUGAGAUCAGAACAGUUGUAUUCUGUGUUUGCUGAAUGUAAAUUGAUGGGGCAAACUGGAUCUUUCCAAGGCUCACAAUGCUACUUGUUAAUAUAUUCUCUGCAGUGCUGACUUUGUUGAACAGCCAGCACACCCUUAUGACCAGGCAAGAUUUAAUUUCAAUUUCUAAAUAACAUAUUAUCUAUUGAAAACUUGAUUCUAGUUGAAGUUUUAUCUCAUUAAGCAUUAGUAUGUUGGGUUCAAAUGAUACUUCUGUUCAAAACUUCCUUCACUGAGUCUCCACUGCUGUUGUCCAUAUACUCUUAAUCUCCUGCUAUUCAUCUGCCCUGAAUAUAACUCUUCCCUGUUUGUCUUUGAGAAUUUACAAAUUGCAUAACUAGGUUUGUUUUUGAAAUCCACUUAGAAUUCUGUAUUUCAACAAAAUGAGACAAAAUAAGACCAUUUUUGGCUAAAUCUAUUUUGAAUGUUUCCACAACCUCACAACAUCAUAGGAAAAAAACUCUCCUUCUCCAGUUAGCUGUUUUAUUUUAUUCUACACAAAGAAAUACAACCAUUCUUAAUUUAAAAAUAGUAAUAAUAAUAAUUUAAAAAUGUAGAUUAGUAAUAAUUUGGUUAGUUUUCUGAAUUUUACAUGUUUUUUCCUAGUUCUGCAUCGUGAUAUUCUUAUAUGUUAUAUUAUGAUGUUAUCAUACAAAGGUGAAACUAAUAGCUGUAAAACAUGACAACAUCCUGCUGUAAAGGAUGUGCCAUAUUGUUUAUUAAAGUGAUGCUGUUUAAAGAACAUUUUACUGAACUUAAUUUUUCUUGAGCUGCAUAUUAAUUUUAAAGGUCAGUGUGGUUAGUUACCAUAGUAGUGACCUAAAAAUAACCUUUCUAGUGUACCUGUAUAUUUCUGAUCUGUAGUGUUCGCAUUCAGAAAUGUUCUUUCCCUUAGAGUUUCAGCAGCUAAAUAAGUUGCAACCCCUUCAGCUAUACUCAUAAAAAUUUGCUUCCAGACAACAUGGUCUGUUUAUUGUGUAAUAAUCGAAAUGGCACUAAAUUGCAAUGAUUGCUGAACACUUAGGAAUUGCAUUAACCACUUAACUGCUAAACUAUUUUCCAUUUUCUACCUCACUGUGAAGUAUUAUAUUGAUUUUCCUCUUAGUUAGAGCUGCUUACUCAACCUCUGAGAUGAACAGAAUAUUUUAGUAGCCUCGUACACUGUCGUAUUUUGAGUCAAUCAGCAGUGACCUUGGAUAAGAAUUUUCUAGAGGUUUUUAAAAAAGCUAAAUAGCUUGUAGUGCUUAUCCUCGAAUCUUUGCAGAAAAUUGAGGGAAACACAAAAUGUCUCUUCAUAAAUUAGUUAAAAAUUAUAAGGAGGAGUAAAUCUUUUUUUCCCCUCUGAAGUGGGCUGUUUCCUAUUGCUUUUACUACACUGCUGCUAAGACAAAUUAGUUAAUGGUUAUAAGGCCUUAUUCGGGGACUUAAUCAUAGCCUAUAAUGUGCUUGGCAUGUAAUUAAAAAUCUACCUAUGGUGAUAGGUGAAGACUUUUGGUAAUACCACUGCUUUCUGUGGAGAGGAUGAUUUUUUUGUUUGUUUUCUACGUAGUUGUAUUUAACUGAGGUGAAGUAUGCAAGCAUCUAAGAAAUAUCAAACUUAAAAGCUCCUUGAUGAUAGCUAAACUAGUCUUGAUAUCAAAUAUUUUAGUUUAAAAUCUAUUUCCUUUUUCCUUUCCAAGAUUUAUAGAGAGAAAUUCUGCCUCAAUCUAUUUAUGAGAAAACUUGUUAGGAAAAGCAGAGGGCUUUUUGGUUUGUGUUUUUGUGUAGGGGCUUUUAUGGUUUUUGUUUUUUAAGCAAAACCUUUCUGAAAUCUUGCAGCAAAAAAAAGGGGGAAAAAGGCUGAUACAGGUAAGGAAGAGUUAAACAGAAAUUGAGCGGGGAUGCUGGGGGGCAGCAGUGCUGCAGAACAUAGCAGUGUUCGUGCGAAGGCAAGUCAUUUCCCGAAACACUGCAGACACAUGGCCUGAGGCAGUCUAAAACCUUUGGAGACCAAAAUGGCUCGCAGGAGUUAGAAGUAAUAAGGUGUUUUUCCCUUCUUUCUCCUUCACUGAAAUUCUGUAAGGUUGCUAUGCAUUACCAAGGAACAAUGCCACUAUUUUUGUGUUUUAUAUGGGUAUUAAGAUCCAUUACAAUUUGACAUUUUUAAGAUUGGUUAUCCUGUAGUUUGGUGUUAAAUUGAAGUUGUUUGUUUUGAAUUUAAUUCUUUCAUUUUUCAACGGAAAAAAAGGCAGCACUGCUGUGCUGAUAGCCUACCGAAGUAUGCCAGGAUUUGAUGUUUGAAUUGAAUGUUUGCUAUCCGAAAAUAUGGGCAAAAUUAUCUUUUAAGGAACUCUUGAUUUUUUUUUCUUCUUUUUUAAUCAAUUAAAAGUCAGAAUGAUGCUUUCUGGCUAGCCUUUUACAGUCAGAUUGUAGAAGGUAUUGCACAUCUCUCUUUAAGGCAUACUGUUUCUGGGAUUAUUUUUAACACUAUGUUACACAUCUGAGAUGUGUUGUGCUUAAUGCAACCUGCUUAUGAUUAUUACAACCCUAUAUGUUUGCAGCAGCUAAAUAAACUCCAUAUCAAAUAAAUUACAGCAGCAAUGAUAUUAGGCCAGCAGCAGUGUAAAGGACAUCUGUUAACUCUUUCAAAUGCCCUGUCCUUACCCACUUAUUCUAAACAUUUCUGUUGUUAAUUACUACCUAAGUACGUGACAUCCUCAUGCAAACAGAGCUGUGAAGACCUGCUCAGGAGGACAGAGGCAGGCCUGGGAAUGCUGCGCUGCCAGGGGACCUGCUGCUUGUUGGGUUAGGGUGAGCACUGAAAAGUCAUGUAAAUCGAGGUAGUGGACAGGUAUUUUCAUUACUGCAGUUCUGGCAGCUGGCAUUGCUCUAGCCAGGGAGACCUCCUUUAAAUCAGCACGGCGCAGUCUGUGUGACUUCCCCCAUGCAGGCCCUGACAGUCUAGCUUCUCAUCAUUAGCGCUAGUGAAGAAAUUGGCAAUGAAACUUUCUCUGUCAAAAUCAUUUUAUCAAAGAUAAAAAUGUUUGGCGAAAGUACAUCUGUUUCAAAAAUAUAUUUGUUAAGAGGUUUCUCGGCUCCAAGAUGACGUUUGCACUGAGGAAGCGAAUCUGCUGCCCAUUGGCGGCAGCACCUGGGCUGCUGCACAGGCUGAGCAGGGCUGCUGUAGUGCAGAAUGGAAACCUUGUUCAGCACUGAAAUGUGGGAAAAUGCUACCUAUUGGAACCCAGCUCAUUAGAAACAAUUUCCUUUCACUUGAAAUUCAUGAGAAACUGCAAGGUUUUUUGCUAGCUGGCACAAAGCGUGGCCCAGGUCACCAUCUUUAUUUGUAAUUUAGUGCAUCUACGAUAUUUGAUCCUGUAAAUAAAUAAGACGAUGUCUUUCAAGGGUUAGGUGCUACUUAAGAACUUCUGUAAAUUAAACAGAAGCAAUUAUAAAAGGACUGCAGAGAUUCUCUAUAGACAGUGUCUAAAAGCUUUCUGUUGGGAAGCUUGCCAGAAUAGAGUGAAUUUACAUUGCUUUUCAUCAAAAUUGUAUGAAAAAUAGAUGCAAAGUAAAGGAAUACUCAGUAAGUAUGUUUCGGUUUUGCAACCUGAACAUUGUCUGAUUUUCAAAUUACAGUCUUCAUCUCAAUGUGAUUGAAGAAAAUCUGUAGUAUGUAUUUACGGUAUUUCCAGUUCAAGCAUUUUCUCUUUCUUUAUUACUGGAACUCAGUUAAUCACAAAGUAUGUGUGGCUCAUUGCAGUGUGUGUGAGCCUGUAGAGGAUCACAGCUCUGAUAAGGAACCUCUAGUUAAAUGAUUCAUCUGAGAACAGACUGAGCGACCAAAGGCAGGGCGGACUGCUUGCAAACAUGGAAGUUCCCGGUUGCAAAAUGGCACCCCUUCCUUCUCUCCCUGGUAAAACCAAGGCUUGCAGAGCCCAGCUCCUGCCCGUGCUGCUGCCAGCCCUGGUGAAUGCUUCUGCCAGAGAUUCUCACACAUGCUCUGUAGAGGCUGUCAGAUAAGAUCAUGGCUUGGCCAACUUUUAUUUAUGGGCCAAUGAAUUAUGCAGCUGGGGUAAUUAGAUGUUUUUGUUUUGUGAAUCAGGUUUAUGCUCCUGGGGUGCCAACCUAGGGAAGCCUGUGAAACUGCAUAAUAAAAGUCAUUUUUAUGCAGAGGUGGAAAUAUUUGAAUGCAAAAGAGAAUUAUGUGUAGAUGUAGGGAAGCUAAUGUCCUCCUGCAUUUGGAGAGGAAGAGUGAAGUGUAAACUCUAGCUGUUAUCCGUUAAGGCUUUUAUUUCUCUUGCAUUGGAUAGAGAUGGAACAGAUAGUUUUAGCAUAAACUCCAGAAGAAAACAAGCGCUUCUCUCUUCCCCCAAGUACAGCUAUAAAAUAUAAAUGCUUUUGUGUAGUUAGAAAACAUGUGUGGAAUUAGAUAUGUGUAUUCAGGGACUAUGUGUGUGUAUAGUCACUGUAUGCUAUUUAUUUACUAGAACUCCAAUUACAACUAAACUUCAAUGUACUUUAAUCAAAUUAUAGUUUCCAUGAUGUCCUUUAAUUGCAUAUUUUAAAAGACAUUUGAAGUAGCAGACUAGCAUGUAGUUUUGACUUCUCUAACCUACAUGCCUUAUGUUUGUGCCUCAAGAUAACAUUGAAUAACAUAUUUAAACUACUCAUGUGUGAAAAAGCAAAAUUAUAUCUCAUGAACUGAUUUCUUCACACAUUCAAAAAAUCGAAUUCCCCUUUUGUUCAGAUACUAAACAGAAAUCAGAAGGGAAACGUUUUUCUAGAAAUGAUAUUGUUUUUCAAAUUGGAGAUGAUAUGAAUGCCUUUAAUGAAAAUGGGUGAUAUUCAUUUUAAAACUUAUAUCAUUUUACAAAGGUAUACUUUUAUAAAUACAGUUUUCAUUAUGUAGGCAUUACAGUCUGGUUCAGUUGAUAAUGAGUCAGAGAAGUUUACUGAGCUGUUAUAAUUUAAUAUUUUGAGUUGAAAAUGGUUACUGUGAAAUAGUAAUUGGUGAUAACCAUAUUUGCUUCUUUCUUCCAUUUCAUCACCCAGAAGAACUAGUAGUGUCGAGUGCUGUUGCUUUAUUUACAUGCAGUACAACUGAAGGGGGCAUAUGAUCUUCUGGAUGCCAUUCAUUUUUAUUAAACACAUAUUUAGGAUUUAUAUGUCUGUGUGUAUAAUUAGUUUUGUAGAGGUAUGUAUAAAUAGUAAGGCCACAGUCUUCCAUGGAUUUUAAUUGCUGUGCAGCUAUUCUCUGAGUUUUUGUAAACAAGGCAGAUGUUAAAUUUAAAAGCAGUGUGACAGAUGAGCUGUUCUGGCAACGCCUAGAAUUAAAGCUUAGACUUUCAAACUCCAACAUCUGAAAAUAGAACUUGGUGACAUGAGAUGCAACUCUUUAAAAACAAGCAAAAUAAAAAGCUAAAAUAAUAAAAGCUUCAAGCUUUACUGCCCAAUUUACCAAAUCUGUCCAAUUUUCCUAACUUAAGGAGAAUUUAUGUUUACUACCAUCGGAUUAACAUUUUCAUUUUCAAUAUGAUGCUAUUGUUCUUGUCACUGUUUAAUUUGUAGGAUGACUCAAUAGCAAGACAGUAAGGUGUUAUAGUAAUCUUGCUGUGUGUGCAAAAACCAAAUUAGAGCUGCUCUACUGUACUGUGUGAGGUAGCUAGAGAGGGACUGAGUCAAGCAGUGUGGAGAGCGUUGCUGACAGAUUGUAGUUUGUUCUUGGAAAGUGUUGAGUCCACUGUAGUUCCACUGAGGAUGAUGCACUUCUCUAAACAGAAGCAAGGUACUUUGCAAAUGGGUAUGUAAAGAAUGUGGCAGGAUCUUGAGUAAUACUUCUCAGAAUAAAGGAUGUUCUGGCUACUGAUUUGUCUUACUAACCGAAAGAGAAAGAAAAAAGGCAGCCUGUACUUUUGAAGGAAUUGUUUAAGACCUUGACCAAAUAAUGACACCUGAGGAGCAGUAAAGGCUUCUGAAAAGUAGCAGUCAUCUUGGUUACAAUUUAAUUGUAAAAGAGUAAGUAGAAGCCAAGAUCUGAGAGCAAGGGCAGGAGGAAAAGCUGAUAUGGGAUUAUCAAGGUCAGGGUUCAGAUACAACAGAUGGCAAAAUAGUUAUAAUGUACUGUACCACAUGGGACUGCCACACACGCUCAGGUAGUGUAUUAUAUAUGCCGUGUGGAGAGAUCAGUGAUCCUAAUUCGUGUUUUUAGUAGGACCAAAAAAAAGCUCCUGAAAAAGUGAUUUCAUAAUUUCAGACCAGAUUAAUGAACUGUAAUUGGUUAGACUGCACAAUGGAGCUCAGUAUUCAAGAAAAGGAUACAUGAAAUUAUGCAUAGCAUGCAAUCAUAUAAUUUUUAAUUCCCAAAAAGCUAAAAUGAAGCUUGUGUUUCAGGAGGUCUAUUUCAGGCUCAUUAUGCUUGAAUUUCUGAGGAAAGUACUUAAAGAAAAAACAAAUUUACAGCACUUGAAUCAGAUCAUUAAAAACAGGUUAUGAUUUGAUUUAUGAUUUUUGUAACUUUUAAUCGGGCCAAAUUUUCAAAAGAGCACACAGUCUUAUUAAGGUGACUGCCAAGUGGUAAUUUUAUCAUUGGAAACAAUUAUGACUUCCCUGGGUUAGGGCACUGCAGAAAAUCUUACUCCUGAUCUAUAAUUUCUGCUGUUAUUAUUCAGACAUUUUUUAAAGAGUCUGAUGUGAUGGCAUGAAAAUGUGAAGGUAAAAGGCAAAAAAAAAAAAAGAGAGAGAGAGAAAAGGGUUAAUCAAGUCAGAAGUACUGGGAGAAGAAGUGGAAUGGUAGCAAAGAAGAAAAAUGAAGGCAGAGAGUUGUGAUUUGGAGUGGUGCUAAAGAGCCUCUGGGCUUGAGAUUCAUCUCGCAUUUUAUAAUGCUCAUGUUGUGUUGUAUCAUAAUGCACUUGCUUCUACUAGAGCUAGCUGUUUCUCGUCUCUUAUUGCCAAUGGUAAAAAUAGGCCAGUAGCAUCAUUCCAUACUAUUGAGCGCACUCUGAAUUCCACACUGUUUUUUCACUUGCCUCUCUAAUUAAUUCAGUAAUCCUCUUCAGUGUAUGUGCAUGUGUACAUUUGUGUAUGUCUGCUCUGUUGCCCUCUUCCGUCAUCUGUUCAAGUUCUCACAUUGCUGAUGAUUGGUUAUGCCAGCUCUCUUCCAAAGACAGGGAAUUUAUUACACUUCAUUGCCUUUUGUUUUUUGCCUCCCAAAAAUCCCAUCAUAGUCUCCAUUUUGGGCCAGUACUUCGGGAAAGGUUCUUCUAUAGAUACGGCCCUCUUUUUUUUGUUUUGUAAUUAGAUAUGUGAGACCUGUCAGUUUAUAUAUUGGUUGUUUUCAGUUUUGGGGACCUACUCAGUGUGUAUCAGAUGAGUUAUGGUAAUAGGUGAUCUUGUGUCUCUCUUAGACUUUUUCCUAUUAUAUGUUUUAAAGUUAUUCAUAAUGCAGCCUUUGAUUUUGGCUAUAAUUUAUUAUAAAUAUUAAUAACUGUAUAUAUGUAUUUUCUAAUGAGGGCUAGGUUAUGGUAGCUAUGAUACUUAUUUUCAAUUUUUUGAAGGUAGUCUGUGUGGUAUCCAAAUUUACCAGGAAAGUAGAAGUGAGAAAGUACAGAUAACUAAGAGUAGAGCUUUAAUAUCUGGAAAUGCUGUUUUUGUGCAUCACCAUCUCCUCCAUGAGUAUGCUGUAUGCUGAAGACAUUUUUCCUUCGUAUCAGCAUGGAUUGCUCAAUCAUGUUUUUGUUACAGAAAAAUGGAGGUGGUUAAAGUAUUUGUUGCAUUUGAUCCCACUUCAUAAAAAGAGGUGGAUCUGGGAUAAUUCUGAGAGUGUAGGAGUGUUAACCUCACAAAAGCAAGUUCUUUAAAUGGCUUAGUUUGAAAUUCAAGGCUAAUUUUCUGUUGGUUGUCUAAAAUAUAAGAGUUUAAAAUAUUGCUUGUUUGCUUCGUAGUGAAAUGACUCUGGCGGAGGACAAGGAUUUGGAAUUCUUGAAGAAAGGGAGAUUACAGCUUUUUCAAAUGUUAGAGCAAAGUUUAAAUUGAUGGUAUUCUGUUUAUAUGUUAAACUAAUCUGCUUUUUACUCAAGGCUUGCCUCAUAAUGGAGUAAAAGGAAAAAUCUGGAAUGACUCUAGGAGGUUAGAGGAGAGUAUAAAGCAGUAGGGGGCUUCUGUUUUUUUAAACAAAAAGAUUGAGGUAUGUAUAUUAAAGCAAUUUGAAGUUGGGCAGCAGGUCCAAUUGUGGUCUGCAGGGUAGUGAUGAGACAUGCAGGUCGUGAAGCCCAUCUGCACUCAGUCCUGGAGAACUGAUCCUGAUUUGGAGGAAAGACAGAAGAAGAGAACUUAGAAAAAGAUUUGAGGAGAAGUACAGCGUGAUAAAUAGCAAAUUGUGACCGUGCUGAGCGAGCAACUCUCUUCAUCAUGUGGAAGGGGAAUCUAAGAAUCACGCUGAGUCGGAACUGCUUUCUGUUUACUGAUGUCUGUAGGAAGGGAAACAGUUUCCUUUUUGGAGCCAUUCUUUCAAGAGCUAUUUGUGCAGGUAUGAUCCAAAGGUUUUGGACUUUUUCUGAACAAAAGAAACUGCUAACUUAAAAACAGUCAAGAGAAUUAACUAUAAGAAAUAGAAACAUUAAGAAAUAAAGGAAUGAGCGGCUAAAUGAUUCAGAGUUUUGCUCUUGAACUCUGUUAUUUUUCCCCAAUGUCUGAAAUACACUAGGCCUUAAUUGUAUUCUAUGCUAUGUGCAGUAACAGAAAGUGUUAACCAACUUCUAUAGGUUAUUUACAAAUGUUGAUCUCUUAUUUCAUAUACACUGGACUGUUCUCUGUCAAUGUAUUUAUCCUGCAAGCUGAAGGUAUUAGCAUUUAAGGCUUAAUUUUAUUGCCACUCGCUUCUGAGAUAACUGCAUUGCCUGCUUUUUUCUUUUCUUUUUUUUUUUAAUUUAAUGGACUGGAUGUAUGAAUUAGGGCCAUAUACUACCCUCAAUCCACAGAGGAGCCUCUAGUAAUUAUGAGGAAGGGUUUAUAACGCUAUUCUUAGAUUGUAACUAAUGUACUAGCAAAUUUUACACUGAAAAAAAGUGCCAAGAGCUGGUAGAUCUGUGGCUAUUUUUGCCCUUUGUUUGGCAAGUAGUGCAUAAAGUCACUUGAUUGGCACUUGCACAAUUGCUGGGAGUGCACAAGAUGGCCCACAGUUGCAAACAUAAUUAUUUUAAAGCCUGGGUGUUAUACAUCAUAAUUAGGCUUAAGAACAGAAAGUCAGUGGAGAUGAAUGAGGGCAAUUCAUUCUCUCAAGGGUUGAGGAAAUGAUUUUGCGUUUAGAUUUCACAUUUGUAAUUUUUUUUUUUCCACAAGCAUUAAGAUUUAGAUGGUUUUCUGUCUCCCUCUCUUCUCCUCUUCCAUGUGAGGACUGACAAUAUGUGAAACAGUUAUAUGGUAUCUGUGUCUCAUCUUAAAUAGAAGAGAUGUAGCUAGCAUAUAAGGUGGACAAGAUGCACUUCUUAGCGAUGAUUUUCUCCUUAAUCAGAAACAGCGACAAAUGAAUCGAGACCCCCACAGUUAGCCUGUCCCCUACAGUUGUUCUGCUCAGCAUGUCUUCCAUAACAGACAGGCCAAAAAGCAGUCUUCACUGGCUUAGCAAUUAGUAUAUUUUAAUUAGAUAUUUAAACAAUUAAAUGUUACAGUUAUGUGUCUAGAGAUUGAUGAAUGUCAAGAAUAUUUUAAUUACUUUAAGUUUAAA